GAGCCUGAUGCCGCGAACGCUCGACAGCCAGAUCACAGUGGAGAAGACCCCCAGCUACUUUGUCACCAAGGAGGCACCACGGCGAAUUUUCAACAUGUCCCGGGACACGAAGCUGAUCGUGGUGGUGAGGAACCCGGUCACCAGGGCCAUCUCGGACUACACGCAGACGCUCUCCAAGAAGCCAGACAUCCCCACCUUCGAGGGGCUGAAUGUGAUGCCCAAGACGCUGGACGGCCAGAUCACCAUGGAGAAGACCCCCAGCUACUUCGUGACCAACGAGGCCCCCAGGCGCAUUCACUGCAUGGCCAAGGACACGAAGCUGAUCGUGGUGGUGAGGAACCCGGUCACCCGGGCCAUCUCGGACUACACGCAGACGCUCUCCAAGAAGCCGGAGAUCCCCACCUUCGAGGUGCUGGCCUUCAAGAACCGGACCCUGGGGCUGAUCGAUGCCUCCUGGAGCGCGAUCCGCAUCGGGAUCUACGCCCUGCACUUGGAGAACUGGCUCCAGUACUUUCCCCUCUCCCAAAUCCUUUUUGUCAGUGGUGAGAGGCUCAUCACUGACCCGGCCGGGGAAAUGGCCAAGGUCCAGGACUUCUUAGGCCUCAAGAGGAUUGUGACAGAGAAACAUUUUUAUUUUAAUAAAACGAAGGGGUUCCCCUGUCUAAAGAAGCCAGAGGACAGCAGUGCUCCCCGGUGCUUGGGCAAAUCCAAGGGUCGAACUCACCCCAAAAUAGACCCAGAUGUCAUCCACAGACUGCGGAAGUUUUACAAACCCUUCAAUGUCAUGUUUUACCAAAUGACGGGCCAGGAUUUCCAGUGGGAGCAGGAAGAAAGUGAUAAGUAG